UCACACUGGAGCAGAAAGAAAAACAAAACAUUUCCGAUUUAAUUAAAUAAAAAAUAAAACCCAAAUAAUAUGGACAAACUAACAACAAUAAGUGCGACGCUAUUCAUGGCCGCCGAUGUGUUUGCCAUCGUGAGUCUGGCGCUGCCUGAUUGGAUUAUUACGGAGUCGGGCACAGGAGACAUACGCCUGGGACUGAUGUGGACCUGCAUGACGCUCUACAACCGGCCGCAAGUGUGCUACACCCCCGAUCUGCAGCCUGAAUGGCUGAUAGCGUUGGUUUGCAUUUUCAUGGGCUGCAUUUGCAUCACAACCACUGUGAUCCUGCUGGCCUCCUCCUCGUGCAAUCGCAAUGUGAUACCCUAUGCCCGAUGGGUGGGCUUUGCGGCCAUGGUGCUGUUCUGCAUGGCCGCUGUCGUCUUUCCGCUGGGCUUUCACAUCGAGGAGAUCGGUGGACAGGCGUAUCAGCUGCCGAACACCUUCAAGAUUGGCAUAUCCUACAUAAUGUUUGUGCUGGCACUGUGGAUAACCGUGGUGUCCGAACUGUUUGCGGGCAAGGUGUGCUUGCCGCACUUUUAGAGACGAAACGGUAUCACUGGGUUCCUGAUAUUGUUUGCCGUUUGCUCUGUGAUUUGUUAUACGUUUUGUUUCUGUCUUCUGUUUCUCAUACUGAAUCUCUAGCCGAGAGCCCACUCCGCGACACACCCAACCGAUCCGUCUUCACCCAACUCUUCUAGCUCUUAAUUAGUUUUAGUUUGUACGUUUUUAUAAGUCCAAAUAUAUUAUGUGUAUG